UAUGGAUGGUGGUAUAGAUGGAAAUAGAUAUGUUUCAUAGGGGGACUGCCACGUGUAGGACUGAUGAGUUGUUGCAGCUUCCCUUAUUUUAUUCUUACGUAACAGAAGGCGGACUGGCCUAGAGAGUACCGCAGGUGUCCCCAUGAAAAGGAAGAUGACUGGUUAUAUUAUAUGACAGAUUUUUUUUUCCCGAUGGGAGGCUGUACUAAUGGCGCAGUGAAUGCACCGCCUGCCGUGGAUCUCCUCAAGCUUAAUAAAAUGCUGGGCAAGCUUGCAGUGGCUGGCGAGGACGCCAGUGACAGCAGCAGCUGUGAUCGAGCAGUUUGUUUUUUCGGGAUGUCCAAGGAUUUUUUAUUUCAAAUUAGAAUUAAAUCCUGCUUUGAAUCGAGAUAAUGGUAAUUUACGGCGAGCUCUUCGUGUACGGGAACGUGACCCUGACCGCCCAGCAGAAGCGCGUGGCGGAGGCCCGGGAGGCAGCAGCCCGGUGGGGGCGGGAGAGCGCCCGCCGCUGGGCCGAGAAGGCCAAGAUGGCCGCCAAGCAGCGGCACGUGGACACCCCCGCUGAGGACCAGCUGGGGGUGGGGGGAAACCUCCCCUUGGAGGACGCCCUCCCCCUGUUGGAGGCUGGCUUCCCUUCCCAGGGAGACAGCCCCCGGCAGGUGCGGGAGGCGCUGGCCCGGCACAGCGGGAUGGUGCAGGAGGUGCCCGUCACCCUGCACUGGCCCCUGCUGCCGGUGAUGGACCCCGUCCUUCGGCAGGUGCCCCGCUCCCGCGGCGGGAGCCUGAUGCUGCGGGGCGUGCUGGUGCCCCGCCCGUGCGGCGCCCACGCCCUGUGGCAGCUGGAGGACAUCUCCCAGUACGUGGAGCGAUCCAUGUCACUGGUGAGAUUUUAUGAUUUCGCCACUCGGCGACGUGAGGCAGCGGCGCGGCGAGGUGCGGGCAGCCACGCCGCGCUGUGGGCUCACUUCGAACACCUGCGUCAGCGGGACGCCCGGCGGGAGGCGGUAGACGCACGGUGGCUGGCCUUGGGGGUGGUGUGCGGAGCACUGCGCACCGUGACCUUCCUAUGCAGCGCAGUCUUUCCCGCAGGCCGCGCCGUGCAGGACUGGGUGGCGGACUGCAGUGCACUCCUUUCCCGCCCAUCCCCAAGUGAAGGUCAAUCGUUGCUGCCCCGGGGCAGCAACGAUUGACAACCCCACCUGAGGGUAAUGACUGACGACCCAGCUGAGGGUAAUGACUGACGACCCAGCUGAGGGUAAUGACUGACGACCCAGCUGAGGGUAAUGACUGACGACCCAGCUGAGGGUAAUGACUGAUGACCGAGCUGAGGCUAGUAAUGCGGUGGCAGCAACAGACGAACUAAGACAGACGAUGGCGACAAAUUAACACAGACGAUGGCGACAAACUAAGACAGACGAUGGCGACAAAUUAACACAGACGAUGGCGACAAACUAACACAGACGAUGGCGACAAAUUAACACAGACGAUGGCGACAAAUUAACACAGACGAUGGCGACAAAUUAACACACGAUGGCGACAAACUAACACAGACGAUGGCGACAAAUUAACACACGAUGGCGACAAACUAACACAGACGAUGGCGACAAACUAACACAGACGAUGGCGACAAAAUAACACAGACGAUGGCGACAAACUAACACAGACGAUGGCGACAAACUAACACAGACGAUGGCGACAAACUAACACAGACGAUGGCGACAAACUAACACAGACGAUGGCGACAAAUUAACACAGACGAUGGCGACAAAUUAAACAGACGAUGGCGACAAAGACAAACUAACACAGACGGCGACGACAGACAGGCAGGCAUAUAGACAGAUAGGCCUGUUCUAAUUGUAUUACGUAUGACUUACUUUUCUCUGAUGACUUUAACUUAA